AUGGCAGGAACUACGCGCACCUUCAAUACAAUCGAGUCGCUCAGCCCUCUCCUAUGCCGGACAGAUAGUGAUCCUCGACCUGUUGUGUUAAUAACUUGCGGCAUGGCUGGGUCUGGAAAGUCGUCGCUGUCUAAAUGGAUAUUAUCCAAUCAUCCGUCUUUCAGAAGGCUCUCAAUUGACUCUUAUAUAUAUACCAAAUACGGGUUGUAUAGUGUUGAUUAUCCAGAAAAUAUGUAUCACAACUAUCAAGACGAGGCCCAAAGCGCUCUCCAAACUGAAUUACCGGAGUUGCUUCAACAGGGUUCUCAGGAUGCAAUCCUGGACCUAUCUUGUGCGUUUCAAAAGACUAGAGAUGAAUGGAAGCAGCUUAUCGAAGAGUCCGGAGGACGAUGGGUGCUUGUAUAUCUCGAUGUUGAUGAUGAUGAGUUGCGGCGGCGGGUCAGGGCAAGGAAUCAGUUGGCGGUCAAAGAUGGCGAUUCAGCUUUUUUUAUGACAAAUGAGAUUCUGGAAAAUUUCCUUGCUGGCUUUGAGAGGCCGACCGGGGAGGGUGAAAUUGUUUUACGUUUAGAUACUAAGCUUAAUAAGGACAUCGAUGUAUAA